GUGGCUUCGGAAUUGUUUGGAUAUUUUCCAAGAAAUUAAAUGGCGUAAACAACAACAACAAUUAAAACCCAUUUUGUCCUUUUUAGAUAUGGAAAGCAAUAUACAGGCAAUGGCUUAGUUACUCACUGUUGUGUAAUAUCUUGUGAACAGAAGUCACCGUGGAGUCAUGGAGGAAGACAUGUAUUACGGAGAUGGUUUGUCUGAUAUUGGAGAUUUGGGAGAUAUUGAUGAAGAUUUAUUGAGAGCUUAUCUUGACGGAGAUGAAGUGAGUCCAGAGAUUGAAGAGCUUCUGAAAGCAUAUGGCCAGGAGGCACCAGAGGCACUGUCACGUGUAACAGUAAAGGAAUUAUGGGAAAAUUGUUUAUCACCAACAUUUUUCCAGACUGUAGAGAAUCUCCUCCCUCUAUUUCUACUUUGUUUUGUUUUUAAACUGAUCUGCUCCUUCUCUAAAUCAGGAUCUGAUGACCAAGAUAUUCCACCAUGGCUUAUUCACCUGUCAAGUUUGAUGUUUGGACUUCUUGCCCUGCACAUGUUUUUCCAGCGGAACCUUUUCUAUCUCUUACUGUGUAGUAUACUGGCCUUUGCUGUACUGGUGAUAACAAACUGGAGGAACCGAGAUUAUUGUGGCCUCUCACUCUCAGUAUUUAUCAUAGUUUAUCUUGUUGCCUGUGAAUUUCUUAUGGACAAAACUGUCUGGCACAGUAUUAGAGGGGCACAGAUUAUUUUAUCUAUGAAGAUAAUAGGGCUUGCGUUUGAUCUCAGUACAGGUGCGAUGAUCGAGUUCCCGAGUGUAUUUGCUUUUUUCGGCUACAAUUUCUGUGUAGGAACAGUUAUAUUUGGGCCGUGGAUCAGCUUUUCUGAAUAUAAACAUAUACUGUCUCAGCAUAAAAGACCAAUGAAAGUAUUUUGGGUUUUAAAAGUACUGUUUAGUUUGAUAUGUGCCCUGUUAUGUGUUGUGUGCUCUACUUGCCUUGUACACUGGCUUAUACUGGAUACAAACUUUAAAUGGAUUGUUGCAUAUAGAGAUGCCCAGUCAUUUAGGUUUAGUCAUUAUUUUGUCAGCUUUUUAUCUGAGGUUACAGUUAUACUAUGUGGUCUUGGUGCAACACACCUUAAUGAUGAUGUUAGAUGGGACCUAAGAGUUAGCAAACCUUAUCAUAUAGAAGUACCUAGAUCAUUAGUGGAGGUGGUAACAAAUUGGAACAUCCCAAUGCAUACUUGGCUUAAAAAUUAUGUUUUCAAAUCAGCUCGUCCUCUUGGAAAUUUUGCAGCAAUAUUUCUUACAUAUGUAGCAAGUGCUCUUUUACAUGGUUUAAAUUUUCAACUAGCAGCUGUAUUAUUAUCACUGGGUGUUUAUACCUAUGUAGAAUAUGUUUUUAGAAAUAAAUUGUCAGUUAUAUUUGAUGCCUGUAUAAAAGCUAGAAGAUGUAAAGAAGGCUGUGGACAUGCUUAUAAAUAUAGUCAUCCAUAUGUGAUAACAGCUAACCUGUUAUUUGGCAGUGUUGCUGUAUUUCAUCUUGCCUAUCUUGGCCUUAUGUUUGAUCACAGCUCUAGUGAAGAAUCUGGCUACAGUAUGGAACAUACAUUAAGCAAAUGGUCUUCUCUGAACUAUCUAAGUCACUGGGUUAUCCUUGGGACUUUCCUAUUCCAUGUGAUUAUAUGAUUAUGAUUGGAUAAUAUAAAGACAUGUGACUUUUGUCUGUCAUAUUAUUGGAUAACAAAAUAACAUUUGGUAUUUGUCUUAUUAAAUUGGUUAGUGAAUAGUGAUAUGACUGCCAUUUAAUUAUAUAAUGAAUAAAUGUCAGGAUGUGAUUGGACGAAAAUAUGUCGUAUAAUUUCUGUCACACCAUUGGACAGAAAAAGAUCAUGUGAUUUUUGCCUGUUAAAUGAUUGCCUGGGAAAAAUAUUACAUAAUUUGUCAUAGUGAAAAGAGCAUUUAAUUUUGUCUGUCAAGCAAUUACUGAAUAUAUGUUAUAUAAUUUUCUUGUUAUAUGAUUGGAUAGUAAGAUGUCAUGUGACUGUGUCUUAUGAGGUCACAUGACUUUGUCUGAAACAGAUCAUUAUCAGAUAUUAUAAGUUUCACCAAUGAUGAUGUUAUCCUUUCAGAUAUCUAAAAAAAGAUCAUAAUUAUGUUUAAAUGCAAGUAAUUGAGAGUAAGAUUUGUUGUAAACAAACAUGUCUUUUACAUAUAGAUCUGUGUUGAAAUAGACAUUUUAAAAUCUGUUUUGUUUUGUACUGUUACCUAGUUUAUCAUGAAAUUAUAUUUUAAGAAAGCAUAUACUGGGUAUGUAAGGGUAAAUGAUUUUCAUAGGAAAUACAUAUGUAUAAGAUUUAGAGUGUUUAAUGAAAUAUAAUGAUCAGGGGCCCAAGUGUCAAGCACUUAUAUCUUUAUUUGACUUUAUUUUAUUGUGUUUAGAAAGUGAAUGUGUGCAAGUAUGAACCUCAUUUGACUUUUAAACAUCACUUUGAAGUCUAAUUAGAUGUUUCAGGGUACUAUAGCAAGCUAACUCAAGUACUAUGUGGGGUGUUUUACAUUUGAGGAUAGGGGGAGGGGUUCUAAUCAGUACCGGACUGAAACGUGAGCGUAAGCUAUCAUUCAUGUUAAAAGACUGCUAGUUAGUGAGGUAAACAGUGAUUGCACCAUUGUAGACUGUGAAAGUUUAAUUAGACUGGAUUCAAUACCUUAAAUUAUUUAUUAGGAGUUGGUUGGUCUACCACCACAGCAUCCUACCCCCACCCCCCAACCCCCAAUUUUGAAUAUGUUUCUCAUUGAUUUUUCACAAUUUAGAAUUGCAAUGCUCAUAUUUAUUAUCUGUACAAAAGUCUAAAUGUCUUAGCAAUUUAUUUCAAAAUAUUUUAUUUGCAUUAAGAGCUGUAUGAAAAGUAAGCCCACUCUAGAUUAGUGAUUUUACACAUGUCCUUAGAACGAGAGGUAAUAGAAACUAUUCAGACCUAUUUGUCUUGAAGUGAUAAUUUAUUUAACACUGUGCCUGACUGAUGUUAUGUAUUAUGCCAUAUGUGAUGUCAUGAUGUGAUGUCAGAAUUUGAAGAUAUUUUUGUAAUUCAGUUCAUGAUAAAUCAUGCAUAGAUACAGGUUUUCUGGUCAAUAUGAAUGAAAACAUCUAGAUAAACUUUUCCGUAUUGCACACUUUGUAUUGCUUAGAUUUUUAUGUCAGGAAUCUGUAUCAUCAGGAAAAAAAAUUUCCUUAAGUUUUGUUAAGAUUUUUACUACCAACAGUAUGUUAUAGAAAUAAAUAAUUGCAAGCUCUUUAGAAUACAACUGUACAUGUUCAUAUUUAGUGAUACAACCAUUAGAAUAGCACACUUGCAUAAUAUUCCCUAUAUAAUACAUAUAGCAUGUUUGACAUUUUUCAUGAGUUAUUCUUUUAAGAAAAA